ACACCGCCCGCGGCGGGGCCCGCAGAGCGCGGCGAGGCGAGCUGGGCUGAGCAGAGCCGAGCGCACCUUCCUCCGGCACCUGCCCGGCGACCUCGGACGCGCGAUGGGGCUGAGCGUGGAGCGCGACCGGCCGUACGCGCGCGCCGGCGGCGCCUCGCACGGCUGCUGGUAUUACCUGCGCUACUUCUUCCUCUUCGUGUCGCUCAUCCAGUUCCUUAUCAUCUUGGGGCUCGUGUUGUUCAUGAUCUACGGCAACGUCCACGUGGCCACCGAGUCCAACCUGCAGGCCACCGAGCGCCGCGCCGACGGCCUCUAUGGCCAGGUGCUGGGCCUCACGGCCACGCGCACCAACCUCACCAAGGAGCUCAACGUUACGGCGCGCGCCAAGGAGGCCAUCAUGCACAUGCUGCUGGGCGCCCGCCGCGACCUGGACCGCAUCAAUGCCAGCUUCCGCCAGUGCCAGACUGAUCGGGUCACCGAUGCAUUACAUAUGAAGUACAUGGCUGCCAUCAUCGUCAGCGAGCAGAAAUGCCAGGAACAAUUGAAGAAAGACAACGAGAGCUGUAAUGCUUUGAUGUCCACGCUGGACCAGAAGGGCAAGAUGUUAGAGCUGGAGCUGACCAAGGAGAGAGUGAUAUGCACCAAGGACAAGGAGGGGCUGGUGCUGGCGAAGCGAGUGAUGGAGGAACAGCUGGCCGAGCACGGCAAGAACCUGGGGCAGCAUCAGCUGGCACGCCAGCUGGCAGAGCAACAGCUGCAGAAGGUGCAAGGCCUGUGCCUGAUGCUGGACAAGGACAAGCUACACGAAGGCCUGCUGAAGGCGUUCGAGAGUUCGCUGCUCUCCCACGAGCUCCAGCGUCUGAACGGCCUGAGCAUCAGCCUCUACUCGCUGACCCCCGACUAUUUCCUAAACCUCCGCAGAAUGUGUGAACAGCUGCCCGAUUUCAUGAUCAAGAAAGUGGAGGAGGUGAUCCGCGGCGUGCGCCUGGGCAUCGAACGCGUGGCCCACGAGAAUGCCGAGCUGCAGCGCCAGAAGGCGGCCUUGGAGCACACCCUGAAGACCAGCCAGGAGGCCCAGGAGAAGGCCGAGAAGGAGGCGCAGGCCCGGGAGGCCAAGCUCCAGAGCGAGACGCAGCGGCAGAUGCAGCUGGCGCUCGAGGAGAAGGCAGCGCUGCGUAAGGGGCGCGACGAGCUGCUCAAGGAACUGGAGCAGAGGAAGCGUGAAGUGGAGCAGCUCAGGUUGCAGUGGGACGUGACCAAGAACUCCCUGGACACAUGUAUCCGAGCCAAGUCGCAGCCAGUGUUGGCACAGAAACCAAUGGGUGGUGCCCCCAACCCGCAACCCUUCGACCCCGCAGGCCUGGAGGAAUUUAAGAAGCGGAUUCUGGAGUCACAGGGUCUUUCAUCCAGCAGUGUGGCCGCCCCUCCUCCUCCUCCUCCUGCCCCUGCCAGUGGCUGAGAAGGUUGCCCGUGGCACCCCGGACUUGCCACCUGCGGACGGAUGCUGGGGGCACAGCACGGCACCCCCCCCAAGGCCCAGGGUGGCAGUCAGGCCAUCGCUUCUCUUCCCCCCCAAAACAUACACACACACCCCAUCACAGCCCCGGCCGCGUGAUGACACCACGCAGUCCCCCGAUGUCCCGCAGCACGGCGUGGCAUCCUGUUCUAGCGCCCGUCACGCACACGCCCGCUUGCACCCCAUCAUCUUGUCACCCCACCAGCGCUGGCCCUGUGUCCGGCUGGCUUAUCUCGGUGGCCCCUGCCCUGCUGGGCCUGGGAGGUGAGAACGGGAAGUGUCCAGCGCCCUGAGAGUUUCCAGGCCUCCCGUGUCUGGCCCAGCAGUGACAAGGCCCCCCAUGCAGGCUGCUGGCCCGGGCUGCCUUCUUCCUCGCACACUUACCACCCCGUGUAUGUACACCACCAGCGUUGAAUAAAUGCUAGCGGAUUCCCUGA